UAAUGGAAAAACUAAAACGAUAAAAAAGACGAGCAAAGCAGAGAGGUUGUCAGUACUUGGCUAGCUGGAAUAAGUAUUGAGAGAGAUGGCGUUUUGAAUCGGCGAAGAAUUCAGAGUUACUCCUUUUGCCCGGUCUCAGAACAUUCAGUAAUUUCACGGAUCUGUUUUUGUAAAUCACUGAAAACAAUAACGUUUGUUUUUUUUUGGGUUAAUCACUGAUUCCACAACAUGCAAGCCAAUGCUGGUCUGGUGGCUGGCUCUCACCGCCGGAACGAGUUGGUUCGGAUUCGACACGAUUCCGACAGUGGGCCCAAACCCCUGAAGAAUUUGAAUGGCCAAACAUGCCAGAUUUGUGGUGAUACUGUUGGAUUUACAGCCACUGGUGAUAUAUUUGUUGCCUGCAACGAGUGUGCCUUCCCAGUUUGCAGGCCUUGUUAUGAGUAUGAGCGUAAAGAUGGAACUCAGUCUUGCCCUCAGUGCAAGACUAGAUAUAGGAGGCACAAAGGGAGUCCACGAGUUGAGGGAGACGAUGAAGAGGAUGAUAUUGAUGAUCUGGAGAAUGAGUUCAGUUAUGCCCAAGGAAAUAGCAAAGCAAGACACCACUGGCAGGGUGAAGAUCCAGAGCUUUCUGCAUCUUCUAGACAUGAAUCGCAACAACCAAUUCCCCUUCUCACCAAUGGACAGCCGGUUUCUGGUGAAAUUCCAACACCUGACACUCAAUCCGUGCGAACUACAUCAGGUCCUUUGGGCCCGGCUGAUAGGAAUAUCAAUUCUUCUCCUUAUGUUGAUCCAAGACAACCAGUUCCAGUGAGAAUUGUGGACCCUUCAAAGGACUUGAAUUCUUAUGGCCUGGGAAAUGUUGACUGGAAGGAGAGGGUUGAAGGCUGGAAACUUAAACAGGAGAAAAAUAUGAUGCAGAUGAGCAAUAAAUAUAGUGAAGGGAAGGGAGACAUAGAAGGCACUGGUUCAAAUGGAGAAGAACUUCAAAUGGCUGAUGAUGCUCGACAGCCAUUGAGCCGUGUGGUACCUAUUCCUUCGUCUCACUUGACCCCUUAUCGGGUUGUAAUUAUUCUCCGGCUUAUUAUUUUGGGAUUCUUCUUACAAUAUCGUGCUACUCAUCCAGUGAAAGAUGCUUAUCCUUUAUGGCUAACAUCGGUUAUCUGUGAGAUUUGGUUUGCCUUAUCCUGGCUUCUGGAUCAGUUUCCAAAAUGGUAUCCCAUCAACCGUGAAACGUAUCUAGACAGGCUUGCAUUGAGAUAUGAUAGGGAAGGGGAACCAUCACAAUUGGCUCCUGUAGAUGUUUUUGUUAGUACAGUGGAUCCCCUCAAAGAGCCACCUCUUGUGACAGCAAACACUGUUUUAUCUAUACUUGCUGUGGAUUAUCCUGUCGACAAAGUAUCUUGCUAUGUUUCGGAUGAUGGUUCAGCUAUGUUGACCUUUGAAGCCCUCUCUGAAACAGCCGAGUUUGCUCGGAAGUGGGUGCCCUUCUGUAAGAAGCACAAUAUUGAGCCUAGGGCCCCUGAAUUUUAUUUUGCCCAGAAGAUUGAUUACUUGAAGGACAAGAUACAGCCUUCUUUUGUGAAAGAACGCCGAGCAAUGAAGAGAGAAUAUGAGGAGUUUAAGGUGCGGAUCAAUGCCCUUGUUGCUAAAGCACAAAAGAUGCCGGAAGAAGGGUGGACAAUGCAGGAUGGCACUCCGUGGCCUGGGAAUAAUCCUAGGGAUCACCCUGGAAUGAUUCAGGUCUUAUCAUCAUUCCAAGUGUCUAAGAAAUCAAUUUUUGAUAUAUCUUUUCUAUCUUCCAUUUUUCUGGUUCUGAUUCCCUUUGGGGGAGAACAGGUGUUCUUAGGCCACAGUGGAGGGCUUGAUACAGAUGGAAAUGAGCUACCACGUCUUGUUUAUGUUUCACGUGAGAAGCGUCCUGGCUUCCAACACCACAAGAAAGCUGGAGCUAUGAAUGCAUUGAUUCGAGUUUCAGCUGUCUUGACCAAUGGUGCAUAUCUGUUGAAUGUCGAUUGUGAUCACUACUUCAAUAACAGCAAAGCUCUCAGAGAAGCAAUGUGUUUCAUGAUGGAUCCUGUACUUGGAAAGAAAACUUGCUAUGUGCAGUUCCCACAACGUUUUGAUGGCAUUGAUAUUCAUGAUCGAUAUGCCAAUCGCAAUAUUGUUUUCUUUGAUAUCAACUUGAAAGGGCUGGAUGGCAUCCAGGGUCCAGUCUAUGUGGGAACUGGUUGUUGUUUCAAUAGGCAAGCUCUAUAUGGAUAUGAUCCAGUUUUAACUGAAGAGGAUUUGGAACCAAACAUUAUUAUCAAGGGAUGUUGUGGUUCAAGAAAGAAGGGAAAGGGUUCUAACAAGAAGUACAUUGACAAAAAGAGGGCAAUGAAAAGAACAGAAUCUACUGUUCCGAUUUUCAAUGUGGAAGACAUUGAGGAGGGUGUUGAAGGAUAUGAUGAUGAGAGGUCCCUUCUUAUGUCUCAGAAGAGCUUAGAGAAGCGUUUUGGUCAGUCCCCAGUUUUCAUUGCUGCUACCUUCAUGGAACAGGGAGGCAUACCACCAACCACUAAUCCUGCAACUCUUUUGAAAGAAGCAAUCCAUGUUAUAAGCUGUGGAUAUGAGGACAAGACUGAGUGGGGAAAAGAGAUUGGAUGGAUCUAUGGUUCUGUGACAGAAGAUAUCUUGACUGGGUUCAAGAUGCAUGCUCGAGGGUGGAUAUCGAUUUAUUGCAUGCCACCCCGCCCGGCUUUUAAGGGGUCUGCUCCUAUCAAUCUCUCCGAUCGUUUGAACCAAGUUCUUCGAUGGGCCUUGGGGUCAAUUGAGAUUUUGCUGAGCCGGCAUUGCCCCAUAUGGUAUGGCUACAAUGGAAGAUUGAAGCUUUUGGAGAGACUGGCUUAUAUUAAUACCAUUGUCUAUCCCUUGACCUCUAUUCCACUGAUUGCGUACUGCAUGCUUCCUGCUUUUUGCCUUCUCACUGGAAAAUUCAUCAUUCCAGAGAUAAGCAACUUUGCUAGCAUGUGGUUUAUUUUACUUUUCGUCUCCAUUUUUGCCACUGGUAUACUGGAGCUUAGGUGGAGUGGAGUUGGUAUUGAGGACUGGUGGAGGAAUGAACAGUUCUGGGUCAUUGGUGGUACAUCGGCUCAUCUGUUUGCUGUUUUCCAAGGUCUUUUGAAAGUGCUUGCAGGUAUUGAUACUAACUUCACUGUCACUUCAAAGGCGUCUGAUGAUGAUGGAGAUUUUGCAGAGCUUUAUGUUUUCAAAUGGACAUCUCUUCUCAUCCCUCCAACGACAGUCCUUAUUGUGAACAUGGUGGGUAUUGUUGCUGGUGUAUCAUAUGCCAUAAACAGCGGGUACCAAUCAUGGGGUCCCCUCUUUGGUAAAUUGUUCUUUGCUAUAUGGGUCAUUGCCCAUCUCUAUCCUUUCUUGAAGGGUUUGUUGGGUCGCCAAAACCGCACACCUACCAUUGUCAUUGUCUGGUCUAUUCUUCUUGCUUCAAUUUUCAGCUUGCUCUGGGUAAGAAUUGAUCCCUUCACCUCUGACUCCACCAGUGCUACUGCAAAUGGUCAAUGCGGCAUUAAUUGCUGAGACAUAUCAAUGCCAUAGUGUUGUGGCAAAUGCCACCCUCCUCGAAGCUUUUCAUCCUGUGUAUAUAACAACACAUGAAUUUAUUAAAGUCGUUUGGGUGAUAUGAUCUAAAAUUAUGCAUUCUUUUCUGUCUGAAAAGGAGUUUGGUGGGGUCUGGAGCUGAAGAACAGACGUUACUACUAGAACCCUUUUUGGUAUGGUGUGGUGUUAUCAAUUUAUUUUUCACCUGUAUGAAGUGUUUGUCGUUGGUCCUAACCCUGCUCAGUUGUACUGGACCUAAGUUGUGCAGCUUUAUUUAUUAUGUUAAAGAGCGCGUAUGAACAAUGUAAUCUGUUUGAGAAAAACAUAAAGAAAGACAUUGUUAUUCAUUUCA